ACAUUUAAAAGUAUGUAACAUGAUUCGUUUGUUUUUCAUGAUGGCUGGAAACGCUAAAAAACCUAUUUACAUUGGAGCUAUUGAUGAAGGAACUAGUAGUGCUAGAUUUGUGAUAUUCGAUGUUAUUAAGAAGAAAGUAAUUACUUUUCAUCAAAUAGAAAUUAAACAGAAAUAUCCUCGAGAAGGAUGGGUUGAACAAGAUCCAAAAGAAAUUUUAAAUGCUGUUUUGGAGUGUAUUGCAAAAGUCGUAGAAAAACUUGAAAAACUUGAAAUUUCUGUGUCUGAUAUUAAAGCUGUUGGUAUUACAAAUCAAAGGGAAACCACAGUUAUAUGGGAUAGAAAAACUGGAGAACCACUUCAUAAUGCAAUAGUUUGGCUUGAUAUGAGAACAACAACAACUUUAGAUGAUAUUUUGGAUACUAUUCCAAAUAAAUCACGAAAUAAAAAUUAUCUUAAACCACUUUGUGGUCUCCCUUUAUCACCAUAUUUUAGUGCUUUAAAAAUACGAUGGCUUAUGGAUAAUGUUCCUCGGAUUGAUCGUGCGGUAGAAGCUGGAACAUGUGCUUUCGGAACAAUAGAUACUUGGCUUCUUUUUAACCUUACAAAAGGUCAAUUGCAUAUAACAGAUGUUUCAAAUGCAUCAAGGACAAUGCUAAUGAAUAUCGAAACUCUUAGAUGGGACAGACCAUUACUCCGUUUCUUCCAAAUUCCUGAUUCAAUUCUACCUGAAAUAAAAUCUAGUGCUGAAAUUUAUGGAUAUAUAUCCAAUCCUCCUUCACUUGCAGGCAUUCCUAUAUCAGGGUGUGUUGGUGAUCAACAAGGCGCUCUUCUUGGUCAAUUAUGUUUAAAACCAGGUCAAGCGAAGGCAACUUAUGGAACUGGAUGUUUUCUUCUUUGUAAUACAGGCAAUGUAAAAGUAGACUCCACACAAGGAUUAAUAACGACAGUAGCAUAUAAACUAGGCCGUUCUGCACCAAUUUAUGCUCUUGAAGGAUCUGUAGCUAUUGCAGGAGCUGCUCUCACUUGGCUUAGAGAUAAUUUACAGAUUUUGAGUUCCAUUUCUCAAACUCAAGAGAUCGCUGGAAAUGUUUCUGACACGUCCGACGUUUAUUUUGUUCCUGCAUUUUCUGGACUUUAUGCUCCAUAUUGGCACCAAGAUGCUCGAGGAGUCAUUUGUGGUAUUAAUGAAGACACUGAUUACCGUCAUAUCAUCAGAGCAUCAUUAGAAGCAGUUUGUUUCCAAGUUCGUGAUAUUUUAGAAGCUAUGGUUAUGGAUUCAAAGACAAAACUCAAUACAUUGCUCGUUGAUGGUGGAAUGACUAAGAACAAUCUUCUCUUGCAACUUCAGGCUGACUUAACUGGUGUUAGAGUUGUCAGACCAUACAUGGUUGAAUCUACUGCACUUGGAGCUGCAAUUUUAGCUGGAGUUGGAGCGGGAUUACUUGAUAUAGCAGAUAUCGAAGCUCCACAAACCGCAAAUUUUACUCCACAAAUUAGUGAUGAUGAACGAGACUUGAGAUACUCAAAAUGGAAAUUAGCUGUAGAAAAAUCGAUGAAAUGGGAUCUUAAAUCUAGUAGUAUUGAUUAAUUUCGUACUAUUGUAGAAAAAAAG